CGUGUCUGCCAUUGAACGAUUUCGUUAUCUCCCUCCACCCCCCUCAGUGAAAAGUGUUGUGUCCCGGCACCCCUGAACCGGAAUAGUUAGACAGGUAGGCGUACGUACGGUACAAAUUACACAAGUAUGUGCCCCGGGCGACAGGGAUCGCUCAGUCUGUCCCGGUCACACCGUCUCUAGUCAGCCAUGGACGCUACGGGCUUCAAACAACUUCAACGGCAGAUCGAACAAGCGACCUCUUCAAAAGACAAGCUGUCCGUGCUGUCGAGUUCUCAUGGCAACUUCAGUGCGAACCAGUUGGUCAUACUCUUCCAGCUUUUCCCACAAAUACACGACGAAGUCAAAGUAACGCAGAAUUUGAAAAGCAGACUGUGUCCGAUGACAUGUGCAGAGGCAGCCGAUGUUCUGGAGGCCGUGUCCUACUCCGAUAAAAUGCAGAUCCUGGAGAUCAUCUCACGCUCCGUCACUGACGCCACCUCUGGUUUUAAACACAUCGAAGACCAAUUCAACUCGCCACCCGACAAAUCCAUGGCCAGAGAAAUGUUGACUAGGGCGAAUGAAAACCAUACGGCUACUGCCAGGGAACGAGACGACCUCCGAGGACCAGCUGCCGCAUCUCGUACCCAGCGUACCGACGGAAUGGACGAGAGGAAUUUCAGUCAACUCGAACAGAAACUUAAAAGUGCGUUGUUUAUAGAAGACAAGUUGGCGGUUCUCUCCCAGUCUAGAGGCAGCUUCAGCGCUGAUCAGGUAUUUCGCGUUUUCCAGACCCUCCCACAAGUACAUGACGAAAUAAAAGCACUCCGGACACUUCAGGGGAGACUCUGCCCGAUGACGUGCGCAGAAGCAGUCGGUGUGCUGGAGGCCGUGCCCUACUCCGACAAGCUGAAGGUCCUGGACAUCAUCGCAAGUAAGAUCAGCGACAUCCGCACAGGCGUUGAGUACAUCGAGGACAUCUUUACCUACAGUUCUGAAAAAGCCAAAGUUAGAGAAAUCAUUUCCAAGCACGGCUUGUAGUGUCGCGGACCUGCACAGAUAUCAGCCCCUGACGGGACGUCCAACUCUGUAAGCCGACCGGAGAACACCUGUAUCCCUCCGCGCUAGUGAUCCGCCUUCAGUGCAGACUUUUGCUGGAAUAGUCUAUUCGGACUCCUUGUAUACAUAAAAUAAAUUUGAUAAAUUUUUGGUAGUAUCGUAAAGACAAAAUGGGAAAUUUAUCCCCAAGCAUGGUGUUCGGUAGAGGUGUAACACUAAUCUGAUACACAUAAGCGUUAUCACAUACAGUGCAGUUUUAAUCCCAGUCAGACAUAUGACAUACGGUUUAUUUCGUCACCCAAGGAAUGUUAAGGCUAGAAAUUAUUGAAACAACGCUGAUAAAUACUUCUGAUAAAAUCGAAUUGUAUAGCCUGUCAUGAUUCCAAUAUCCCUAAUAUUUACAAAGGAAGGAAUACAAUAUACG